AUGGGAUCGCUUCUCCAAGUCCUGGUGUUUAUAUUCUUGGUGUCUUUGUCAAUCCAAUCGGAGGUAGAUGUCGAGAUGAACAACUUCCUUAGACGAAAAGGGCUACUCAAGAGAGAUGACUGCUUUAUGAUAAUGAACCCGGAUGAUAUAGAUCGGAUAAACCAAUUAAAACAGGACCUAAAAGACAGAAGAUGGGAUGUAAUUGUGGUGUAUUUUCUAGUUCAUUUUGAUGAAAUGAAAAGUGUUUCAGACUUCGUUUGGACAAUGGGAAAUCCAGAACAAUUAGUUUUGGCUAAGGAAGAACAGUUUGUAAAGACAGUGUAUAGUCAGGAAUCAACAGAAAUGGAAUUUAUUGAAGCAAACGUGACGUGUAAUUUUUCUCGCGACAUUCCUGACCGAGAGGUUUUUGCCUCACCAGUUUUGAAAGGAUUAUUAGAAUUUUUUGGUAGUCCAGAUCAAAUUGAAGAAAACGGACAAGCAUGUAAUGGAACCGGCAACUGUACGGAAGAAUGUGGUAAAGCGGUGGAAGAGCCGUUUCUUAUAUCCGUUACCUAUGCCUUUGUUGUGAUCAUUCUACUCUACGGUCCACAUUUGGUGUACGUAUUUUACGACGCGUUACAUAUCAAAGAAGACAACCUUACCUGCUAUCACCAAAACGACUGGCCUUACAGUAUCAAACGAUUCCUCCUAAAACUAUCGCUUUUUAUGGUCAACUGUUACCCACUUUUCCAGAAGUACCAUAUGACACGCCCAGUGACUAGAUCUAUUUUGAUCUUAUGGAUUACCAGUAUAUUAGUUCAGGUGCCCAAUAUGUGGAUUCAGGUGUCUGAUCUAUCGUCUAAAUUAGCGUAUAAGGACUUAGACGACUGGAUGUAUCAGUCUUCGUCACCAAUAAUGCGAUAUUAUACAUACGGAGUAAUUGUUAUCGUUGGUAUGGUUGUGACGCUUUUUCUUCUUCAUGUGGUUCCAACAAGUACAUACACUAAACUUUUAGAUGAUCCCUAUAUAUUCAUGCUUUCUUCCACCGGCACACCUAAGGCGGCAUUCGUGAAGAAAUCAAGGUUAAAAUAUCACAUUCAGCAUGAGAACAGGAACAAACUAACCGAUGGUCAGCAAAUGAUAGCCAUGCAUGUCGAACGAUUUAGGAUUAUUUUCAAUCCACGAUUCUGGCGUUUGCUUAUUAGGGAAUCAUUUUCAGGAUUACUGUUGCGAAAAACACAUAUGUGCUGGGAUAUUGUGACAUUUAUUCCCGUUUUUCUGUUAUGCCUUUUAUUCUUUACUUUAAAUGUUGUGAUAAACGUUCUCUGGGGACUAUUUCCUUUGAUUGGGCUAUUCUUCUCAUCUUUGACAUUGGUAAACUCCCGGUUCGAACUUUUUCGCGUCUGUUUCCUUGCGCUAUAUUUUACAUUUUUUAUUAUCAUAGUAUGUGGUAAUAAUCUGGUGUUCCUGUUUAACGUGAUGAUUCACUCAUCAAUGUACACCAUUCAUUGCUACUCUUUUGAUGACCUCUCCAAAUAUAGCAUGGUUUUUCCUAUCAUCCUAUAUUUAUGUUUUUAUUUGCGGAAAUUCACAAACGGAUAUCGGACGAUAUUAAAGUUAAUGUUUAAGUUGAAAUCUGACGCCGCUCUUGAUGAAGAUGUUGCAGAACAAUAUGUCCAACACAAACAUCGGGAAUCUAGUAACAGACUAGAUAAUAAGAGUAAAGCAGACAAGAGGCAGAAAAUAUCGAUGAAAGAAUUUGAUUUCGUUUGCAGUGAAUGUUCACCUGUCAGAGAGAGAAUUUCUAAUCUAUUGAUAAAGAUUCUUGUGACGGGGAUAUUCAUGAUUCUAACAUUAACAAUUAUAUUUCUACGGAAGACGUUUGACAGUUUUUCCAAAACAGCAACAACUAUAGCUUUUGUAGUGAUAAUAUUCUUACCCAAAAUCAUAGAGAAACUUUGGUUGAGUGACGACGAAUCUAAGAUGGAGGAACUUGAGGAAAAGGUAGCCGAAGCUGUUUCUCGGUGGAAAUUUGACAAAACUAUACAUGAACAUGAUCUGUUUGCUGUCAGGCAAGCUAGUGUGAACUGUCACUGGUGGAAUAGAUGUACUGAUAGGAAAAACGAGAAAACUUUCAAUACAAACAUACAUGACAACCAAAAGUCAUGUGAUUUUAAAGAAGGAUCACUUACCAUGCUCAAUACUACAACGAUAGAUGAAAAUGUUUAA